CUACUCCUUUAUCAUUCAUCACAUUUCAAAUUCAAAUUCUAUCCGGAGGUGUCUUAAUAAACGCCUUCGAUUCAAAUUCCACCUUCCUGUCUCCGUUGCUUUGUUUUCGAAAAAUUUUAGACGAAAAUGAGAGAGUGCAUUUCAAUCCACAUAGGUCAGGCCGGUAUCCAGGUCGGAAAUUCCUGCUGGGAGCUUUACUGCCUCGAACAUGGACUCCAGCCUGAUGGCCAGAUGACAAGUGACAAGACUGUCGGAGGAGGCGACGAUGCUUUUAACACCUUUUUCAGUGAAACUGGUGCCGGAAAGCAUGUUCCUCGUGCUAUCUUUGUUGAUCUUGAGCCUACUGUUAUUGAUGAAGUGAGGACCGGAACUUACCGCCAGCUCUUCCAUCCCGAGCAACUCAUUAGCGGCAAGGAAGAUGCAGCCAACAACUUUGCCCGCGGCCACUACACCAUUGGCAAGGAGAUUGUUGACUUGUGUUUAGACCGUAUCAGAAAACUUGCUGAUAACUGCACUGGUCUUCAAGGGUUCCUUGUUUUCAGUGCUGUUGGUGGAGGCACUGGAUCUGGUCUUGGUUCUCUCCUUCUGGAGCGUCUGUCUGUUGAAUACGGCAAGAAAUCUAAGCUGGGUUUCACAGUCUACCCAUCUCCUCAAGUCUCGACUUCUGUUGUUGAGCCCUACAAUAGUGUUCUCUCAACUCAUUCUCUUUUGGAGCACACUGAUGUCUCCGUACUUCUUGACAAUGAGGCCAUAUAUGACAUUUGUAGGCGCUCUCUUGACAUCGAGCGACCCACUUACACUAAUCUUAACCGUCUUGUCUCUCAGGUGAUCUCCUCUUUGACUGCUUCACUAAGGUUCGAUGGUGCAUUGAACGUCGAUGUAACAGAGUUCCAGACCAACUUGGUCCCCUACCCAAGAAUCCACUUCAUGCUUUCCUCUUAUGCUCCAGUCAUUUCUGCCGAGAAGGCUUUCCAUGAACAACUAUCAGUUGCUGAAAUCACCAACAGUUCUUUUGAACCCUCUUCUAUGAUGGCCAAGUGUGAUCCUCGUCAUGGCAAGUACAUGGCUUGCUGUUUGAUGUACCGUGGUGAUGUUGUGCCCAAAGAUGUCAAUGCUGCCGUUGCCACCAUCAAGACCAAGCGCACCAUUCAGUUUGUGGACUGGUGCCCCACCGGAUUCAAGUGCGGCAUCAACUACCAGCCACCCACCGUUGUUCCUGGUGGUGAUCUUGCUAAGGUCCAGAGAGCUGUUUGCAUGAUAUCCAACUCGACUAGUGUUGCUGAGGUGUUCUCCCGCAUCGACCACAAGUUUGAUCUCAUGUACGCCAAGCGUGCUUUUGUUCACUGGUAUGUUGGUGAGGGUAUGGAGGAAGGCGAAUUCUCGGAGGCCCGUGAGGACCUUGCUGCACUGGAAAAGGAUUAUGAGGAAGUUGGUGCUGAGUCAGCAGAGGGUGAUGAGGAAAGCAAUGAUGAAUACUAAACAAUUAGGUUUGAGUAAGGGCUUGCUUUUGGCGACCCAGUGAUUAGUUCUGUUAUGUAUGUUUUCGAGUAUUGUGUCAACUUUGAUUCUUCGAAGCUCAUAUAGUACCUAUGCUGUUGUUUUACUCUGUUGAACGAAAAUAUGGAACGCAAUAGAUUUCAUUUUAUAUAAUGCCAUUUUAGUCUCUA